GCAAUUAGCACAAAACUCUUUUGCUGUGAAAAAAUUUGGGUAAUACAGAGAAAUAAUAAAAACGAUGUCGUUCUCUGAAGGAAGAUAGAAAUCCCUUGAUUUCUGCUGCUAUGCUCUAAUUUCCCUCUUUUUCACCUCUGUGCUCUCUUCUUCUUCUUCUUUGUGCUUUUUCUCUCUCUUUGCAGUGCCACAAUCAAAUGGAAGACCUACCAAUCCAGAAGGUAGCAAUAUCAGGUCCCACAUUAGCCUCUAUAAUACAACGCAUCUCUUCAUCAUUAGGUGACGCGGACGGCCUCUUAUUCGGCCACGUCUCCCACAUAGCUCCCUCAACUCUCUCCGAUGACUCUCACCUCUCCGAUUCCGAUUCCGAUCAUCAACUCAUCGCCACUGUCACUUCCUUCCUUUGCCCUAACUCUCCCCUCUCUUUCUACGACUCACUCGGCCGAGUCAACUCGCCUAAUCUCCUCCGUCUCCUCUCCCAAACUCCUCACAACCACCACUUCCUCGGCUGGUUCUCCGGCCGCCGUAAAACUCCUCUCCGUCCAUCAAUGCGAGAAUUCUCCGUUUCACGCUCUCUCUCCUCCUCAUCUCAGUUCCUUUUCCCUAUCAAAAACCUAAUAAAUAAAACACUCUCGCCGUGCAUUUUUCUCUUAUACUCUACUCCUCUACAAGAUCAACUAAUCCACACGCACGAUUAUCGCGCAUAUCAGUUUCGUCAUAAAACGCUUUCGUUUGAUCCGAAACCGAUUGAUAUUGUCAACAUAGGACCGGCUUUUCGAGGUCAUUAUGGUAAUUUCAGCCCUAGUAAUUCAGGGUUGCCGAUGCUGAACUGCGAAGUGAGUGGUUUAUCGGCGAUGAAUGAGGAUAGUUUGAGUGAGAGGAAGCAAAUUAACAAGGAUCAGAAGGAAUUAAAUAUGUGUGCCGAGGAUUUUGAGGUUAAAAAUUUGAGUAGGUUAAUUGGACCCGAGGCUUCGAGUUAUACAUUAGGUUUAGAGAAUUUGUAUGAGAAAAUGUUGGUUAAGAUUGAAAGUUUGGCUAGACAAGUUGAGAUAAGUGAUACGAAGGUUCUUGCGCAGGAAAAUGUUAAUAGGAAGUUAAGGUACAAAGUUGCCCGCACUGGACUAGAGUAAACUGCUUCACUCCUGCUUUUAUUCUUAAGCUUGCUUCAGAAUUGUGCCACAUUUUAGAGUCAAGAUAUCGAAGACCAAGUAGUCAAGGAAUUUCUAUUGAUGGUUCUUGAGGUUAGAUAUAUUCAUGACCACUUUGGAGCUGAAAAAAGAUGAUUAUCAUGGAACCCCUGCUGAUACUAAUUGCUAUUGAGGGGAUUGUAGGUAGCAUGUAAAAAUGAGUUGCCAUUGCUUCCUGUGGGAAUCCAUGUACACUUGUUAUGUAUUUAAUUCAUUUGCUUUGUGCUCGUUGUGCUUUUGAAAUUUUCCCUUCUUUGUUUAAAGAGGCGCAAUGCGGCUUGAAGGAUUGAGGGGAAAAGAAAAGGGAACGAAACAAAUUGGUAAAAAAAAAAAGAUUAGUGCUUCAA